AUGUCUGAGACCAAGGAACUCACCCUCACCGAGGUGGCCGCCCACAACACCAAGAAGGAUCUGUACAUGAUCAUUCACGAGAAGGUCUACGAUGUCACCAGCUUCGUCGACGAGCACCCCGGUGGUGAGGAGGUCCUCCUCGAUGUCGGCGGUCAGGACGGCUCCGAGGCGUUCGAGGACGUCGGUCACUCCGAUGAGGCCCGUGAGAUCCUCGAAGGUCUGCUCAUUGGCAACGUGAAGCGCAUGCCCGGCGACCCCGCCCCCAAGGCCCAGGCCUCGACCAGCAGCUCCUCCGCCUCCGCCUCUUCAUCCGCCGGCAGCUUCGGUGUUGGUCUCUACACCGUCCUCCUCCUCGGUGGUCUCCUUGCCUACGGUGGAUUCCACUACCUCAACGCCCAGCAGCAGGCCCAGUAA